CGAAUUAUUCUUCUAGUUUUCUCGACGUUCAUUUUUUAAAGUUUUCGAUAUGGAGAAAAAAAACUCGCAAGUUGAAAGACCUAUCGUAUUUUUUGACAUCGCGAUCGGCGAUGUCCCUGUUGGAAGAAUGAAGAUGGAACUCUUUUCUGACAUUGUUCCCAAGACGGCCGAAAACUUUAGACAAUUAUGUACAGGUGAAUUUAGGAAAAAUGGACAACCGCAAGGAUACAAAAACUGCAUAUUCCACAGAGUGAUAAAAGAUUUCAUGGUUCAAGGUGGUGACUUCAUUAAAGGAGACGGCACUGGAUCAAUGAGUAUUUAUGGAGAAAAGUUUGAAGAUGAGAAUUUUAUCGAAAAACACAGCAGUGCAGGAUUGUUAUCGAUGGCUAAUUCUGGCCCGAAUACAAAUGGUUGUCAAUUUUUUAUUACAUGUGAUACUUGUGACUUUCUGGAUGGCAAGCAUGUUGUUUUUGGACGCUUGGUUGAUGGUUUAUUGACCCUUCGUAAGAUUGAAAAUGUAUCCACCGGUCCCAACAAUAGACCAAAAUUGGAAAUUAAGAUCACAGAAUGUGGGCAAAUGUAAUAAGGGAAGAACUUUCUUCUCCUUUAAUGAAGGAUAUCUAAAGCAAGUUACAUUGUCUGUGUUGUCAUAAUAUUAUUAAAUAUAGAUUUUUCAUUGUAAAAAGGAAAAGUGUGCAGCAUGUUGGUUCGUAAGAGGGAAAAUUUACAUGUUAGGGGGUUGCUGCUGCUGAGAUGGCUGUGGUGGUUGCUGUUGCCCUUGCUGCUGCUGCUGCUGC